GGCACCUCUCCUGGAGCCGGGCCCUGGAGCAUAUGGUCAUGCUUAUGUAAGGAGCAGCCUGCCCGUGGCGUGGAGAACAGGGCUCUUUCCAUCUUCCCUGCUUUAUGUCAUGUCAGUCGGUUUUAUGAGACCUUCUGCAGCCUUUUAAAAUAAGUCUGCUGCCAGUUCACAGAAAGGGAAGAGAAUGGCUGCAAAGGAGAAGUUGGAGGCAGUAUUAAACGUGGCCCUAAGGGUCCCCAGCAUCAUGCUGUUGGAUGUCUUGUACAGAUGGGAUGUCAGCUCAUUCUUCCAGCAGAUCCAAAGAAGUAGCCUGCACAACAACCCUCUCUUCCAGUACAAGUACUUGGCCCUUAAUAUGCAUUAUGUGGGUUACAUCUUAAGUGUUGUGCUCCUAACUUUACCAAGGCAACACCUGGUUCAGCUUUACCUGUACUUUUUGACUGCACUGCUGCUUUAUGCUGGGCACCAAAUUUCCAGGGAUUAUGUGAGGAGCGAACUGGAAUCAGGCUAUGAAGGACCAAUGUACCUGGAGCCUCUCUCUAUGAACCGUUUCAUGACUGCUUUAGUCGGGCAGCUGGUGGUGUGCACGCUCUGCUCCUGCGUCAUGAAGACCAAGCAGAUCUGGCUCUUCUCCGCACACAUGCUCCCUCUUCUGGCUCGGCUCUGCCUCGUCCCGCUCGAGACCAUCGUCAUCAUCAACAAAUUCGCCAUGAUCUUCACCGGCUUGGAAGUUCUCUACUUCCUGGCGUCGAAUCUUCUGGUGCCCUAUAACUUGGCCAAGUCCGCGUACAGAGAGCUUGUCCAGGUGGUGGAGGUGUAUGGGCUCCUGGCACUGGGAAUGUCUCUGUGGAACCAGCUGGUGGUUCCAGUGCUUUUCAUGGUGUUCUGGCUCGUCUUAUUUGCUCUUCAGAUCUAUUCCUAUUUCAGUACACGGGACCAGCCUGCCUCCAGAGAGAGGCUCCUCUUCCUCUUCUUGACCAGUAUUGCCGAAUGCUGUAGCACUCCAUACUCACUGCUGGGAUUGGUCUUCACAGUCUCUUUUGUUGCUUUGGGAGUUCUGACUCUCUGCAAGUUUUACUUGCAGGGUUACCGAGCGUUCAUGAACGAUCCUGCUAUGAACAGGGGGAUGACUGAAGGAGUCACGCUCCUGAUCCUGGCUGUGCAGACAGGUUUGAUUGAGCUCCAAGUUGUGCAUCGGGCGUUCCUGCUCAGUAUUAUUCUUUUCAUUGUGGUGGCAUCCAUCCUUCAGUCCAUGCUGGAAAUUGCCGAUCCCAUUGUCUUGGCAUUGGGAGCCUCAAGGGACAAGAGUCUGUGGAAGCACUUCCGAGCAGUCAGCCUGUGUCUGUUCUUACUCGUGUUCCCCGCGUAUAUGGCCUACAUGAUUUGUCAGUUUUUCCACAUGGAUUUCUGGCUGUUGAUCAUUAUCUCCAGCAGUAUUCUAACCUCUCUUCAGGUGCUUGGGACACUCUUCAUUUACGUUCUGUUCAUGGUGGAGGAGUUCAGGAAAGAACCCGUGGAAAACAUGGACGAUGUGAUCUAUUACGUGAACGGCACCUACCGGCUGCUGGAGUUCCUGGUGGCUCUGUGCGUGGUGGCCUACGGCGUCUCAGAAACCAUCUUUGGGGAGUGGACUGUCAUGGGCUCCGUCAUCAUCUUCAUCCACUCCUACUACAACGUGUGGCUGCGGGCACAGCUGGGCUGGAAGAGUUUCCUCCUUCGCAGAGACGCUGUGAAUAAGAUAAAAUCUCUGCCCGUGGCCACGAAGGAGCAGCUGGAGCAGCACAACGACAUCUGUGCCAUCUGCUACCAGGAUAUGAAAACUGCUGUAAUCACACCAUGUAGCCAUUUUUUUCACGCGGGUUGUCUUAAGAAAUGGCUGUACGUGCAAGAAACCUGCCCUUUGUGCCACUGCCAACUGAAGAGCCCUUCCCAGCUCCCGGGACUGGGACCAGAGCCAGUGCAGCAGCCAAAUCCCAGUGCAGAGCAGACCAGGCCUGGAGCAGCUGAGCCUGGUGCUGCGUGUGACCACGGGCCGAGCGUGGAGGACAGCCCGAACAGGGGCCGCGACGGACACGACAGCCCCGAGGCCGCGGCCCACGCGGGGGGAUCUCGCACCGUGGGCGGUGCCACGAGCCCCUGUGAGGCCAGCCAGGGAGCAGCCUGUGCUGCAGAACUCGCUGCAGCCCCAGAGGGCUGCCCUUCUCGGGAUCUGAGCGUUUGUGUCCAGCUCUGAGGCUGCAGAGGAUGACGCAGGAACAAACACAUUUCAGAGAUCCGCGUUUGACUCGGAAGAAAACCGAUCCUCCACAGCUGUGAAAGAAGCGUAGCUAUUGAUGCUGGUCCAAAUGUAAUCUCCCAUGCUGAUUUUUAUGGGCUGCUUGGUAGUGGUAACUCCAGUGAGAUGUAGUAGAAAUGACUCCAGAAGCUCUCUGAACUGUGGGCAUAGGAAGGAUGUCUGGGAAUAAAUAGCAGUGCGAGAGUGUUUUCACGAUGUAGGUGAGGGGUGAGAGGAGCAAGAGGUCUGUGAGGUGUUGUGGCCAGAGGGCCAGGAGGCUGGCUUGGUUUUGGUCAGGGGAAGGAGUUGCACAGAGUCCCAGGUCCUGAGGGGCGUUAGGGGCCGCGAGUUGCCGGUCUCUGGCCGAUGGGCGGCUUCGGUUGCUGACGUUUUUUUGUGGCACGUAAACAAAAAUCAAAGAUGUAACAACGGUGAUUGUACCAGGAGGUGGAAGCACUCUUAAUACGUCGUGUGUAUGCUUUGGGUGUUCUUGGGGCAGUUGCAUUUGAAUUCAUGUAAUCUAUAGUGACUCUUGACUUUUAUGACAGAGUCGUCAAUAUUUUGAUGUAUAUGAAACUUUUGCUCAUAAUGGGCACAGUGUGGGCUGCAUGAAGUAAACUAAAACUCUCAUGAACACUUUGCCUCUGCUGGAGGAAAGUGGGAUGAGUUUUAGGGCACGGAUAGAGGCCUUGCAGGACUGUGCUGUGUAAUGUUUAACCCUUGCAGCUGAAUUAAAACAGUAUUAAACUCUGGCGAUAUUUGCACUUUGGGAAUGAGUACAUUAUUGUGUAUGAUCAGACUCCGCAAAUGCCACUUUUAAAAGCUGUUAAUAGGUUUGCACCUUUUUUUCUUUGACAAGGACAUGUCCAUACUUAAAUUUUUACAUUCAUCAUGGCUUCGAGUAGAAGGGACAGGGGUGGGGAAAUAGGUGGGAGUAGGGGGCAGGCAAUUUUUUUAUGUGAAUUUUGAUAUGAAGAGAAAUUAGUCACUUAUUUAUACGAUAGGCUUGACUCAAGUGUUUUUCAAAGUCGGUAUUCCUAAUGUGAAAUGUGAUACUAUUUUAUUUUUAGUAGUAAAUUUGGAUGUAGACUGACAGACAUAGCUGAAUGUCUUAAUAAAUUACAUUUGAAGAUUUUUA